AUGCUCACUCCGCGCUCCACUGUACCUUGCUCUGCGUGCAAUUUCAGUCCAGAGCGACAGAGGUGCUGCGACUACGAGAGUGACGUCAAAAUCUUCUACGAAGCCAGCGAUCGCGGCGUUUGGGCCCUGGGUUCGGAUCUGAUUCUCAAGGAUCGUGGCCCCAUGCUCCCCACUGACGAGAGUGCAAAUCUCUGUUUCGUUAAGGAAAACACCACCAUUCCUGUUCCUACUGUGAUCACGCAUCGUGCAGGAAAUAACGGUCACGCCCUGACUAUCAUUACUCGCAUCCCGGGUGAACCCCUCAAUGAGGCUUGGCCUAAGCUGACUGACGAUGAGAAGGAGAACAUUGCGAAGCAGACUGCCGAGUAUCUCCUUCAGCUUCGCGCCCUCCAGUCCGAUCGUAUUGAAGGGCUCGACGGCCGUCCUAUCUACUCUGACUACUUGUACACGGAGGAUGGCCGUCAAUAUGCACCAUGCCCCCCGCUAAAGUCUGAUGACAAUGUGUGGAAUGGCAUGGCGGCACGCCUGAAUCCAGACCUCCCUGAGGCCGUACGUCGUCGGCUUCGACGCUAUAUGCCGCCCACUAAGCCUUUUACUUUCACCCACAAUGAUCUGACACACGUCAACAUCAUGGUGCAGAAUGGGGAGCUGGCUGGUAUCAUCGACUGGGAGAGAGCCGGAUACUUUCCUGUCUGGUGGGAAUAUAUCGGUACCAUUUUGACUGGUGAGGGUCAGGACGACCUUGAUUGGAAGUCGCUCUUGGCUCAGUACAUGCCCGAUAUGGAGGAUGCCUUUGAAUGGUUUCUUGAUUACCAUAACCUCUGCAAACCUGAUCUCGACACACGUAGAUCGAAGGCUUUUAUCCAGGCGUCUGAAGAGGAGGAGUCCAAAAAGAAUGAGUCUGGAGUGGAUGAGCCUGAAGUGGAUGAGUCUUAA